ACAGGGGGAGCCCCACGGUGGUUCCUUGGGUGGGGCGCCCGGACGCGUUCCCCGCUCCCUUCGUUCCCGUGCCCUGUCUACGUGUCCCUUUCCGCCCCGUGCUCCUACACGGCUCUCCACGUGUGCGUGCGCUACCCCGACCUUUCCAACGUCACUCCCUGAGCCCCCACGCUCUACAUCUACACGCGUGACACACCGCCCGCCGAGCGCCAAGGUCGUCACUCGGUCACAGGCAGCGUCCACUUCCAUCCGCCCACCGCUUUCCUCCCUCCGGCCGACGUAUGGCCAUGGGCUCGUUCCCCUUCCAGUGGUCCAUGGACCCCGCGCCGUUAUCCUCCGGCGUCGACGGCAGUUUAUUGCCGUCCUUUCUCCCGCCUCCCCCGGCCGCGGCAGUGCCAGACGACGGCACGGCCUACUACGCGGCAUCGGACAUGCACAGCGUCCCCUGUCUGCCCGAGCUCGCUGCACCCUUCCAGUCGCGGGAUUCUGCCGCCGCCGAGCUGGCCAUGCGGCGCGCGGAGGAGGAGGUGGCCGGCAUCCGGCUCGUCCACCUCCUCAUGAGCUGCGCGGGUGCCGUGGAGGCGGGCGACCACGAGGCCGCGGCCGCCCUCCUUGCCGACGCGAACGCCUCUCUCGCGGCCGUCUCGACCUCCUCCGGCAUCGGCCGCGUCGCCGUGCACUUCACCGACGCCCUAUCCAGGCGGCUCUUCCUGUCCCCUCCUGCCGGCGCCACUCCGACUCCUCCGGCAGCCGCCGACCCGGAGCACGCCUUCCUCUACCACCACUUCUACGAGGCGUGCCCCUACCUCAAGUUCGCGCACUUCACGGCCAACCAGGCCAUCCUCGAGGCCUUCCACGGCUGCGACAGCGUGCACGUCGUCGAUUUCAGCCUCAUGCAGGGCCUCCAGUGGCCCGCCUUGAUCCAGGCCCUCGCUCUCCGCCCCGGCGGGCCGCCGUUCCUCCGGAUCACCGGCAUUGGCCCGCCUUCCCCACCCGGCGGCCGCGACGAGCUCCGCGAUGUCGGCCUCCGCCUCGCCGAACUCGCGCGCUCCGUCCGCGUCCGCUUCUCCUUCCGCGGCGUCGCCGCCAACACCCUCGACGAGGUCCACCCGUGGAUGCUCCAGAUCGCGCCCGGGGAAGCCGUCGCGGUCAACUCCGUGCUCCAGCUCCACCGCCUCCUCGCCAGCCCAGCCGAUCUUCAGGCCCAGGCGCCCAUCGACGCCGUUCUCGACUGCGUCGCGUCCUUGCGGCCCAAGAUCUUCACGGUCGUUGAGCAAGAGGCCGACCACAACAAGCCGGGGUUCCUCGACAGGUUCACCGAGGCGCUCUUCUACUACUCCGCGGUCUUCGACUCGCUCGACGCCACGAGCGCCGGCGCGAGCAGCAACGCCGCCAUGGCCGAGGCUUACCUCCAGAGGGAGAUCUGCGACAUCGUGUGCCACGAGGGCGCCGCCCGGACGGAGAGGCACGAGCCCCUCUCGCGGUGGCGGGACAGGCUAGGCCGGGCCGGGCUGAGAGCCGUGCCGCUCGGGCCGGGCGCGCUCCGGCAGGCGAGGAUGCUGGUGGGCCUGUUCUCCGGCGAGGGCCACUCCGUGGAGGAGGCCGAGGGGUGCCUCACGCUCGGGUGGCACGGGCGCACGCUGUUCUCGGCGUCCGCGUGGCGAGCGGCCGGCGACGGAGGCGGCGGCGAAGAGAACAUCGACAGUAAUAACAGCAACAUUGGCGGCGGUAGUAGUGGCAGCGACAGUAACAACAGCAGCUGCGGGGUCGUUGGUGCUGCCAACAUGUUUUUGUAAAUCGCGGGGGUGGUUCCAUCGUAAAAAUUGCAUUCCGAAAAUCACAAUGACAUGAAACUUUCGAGCUUAAUUAGCAUCUUAAUCUUCUCUUUUUUUUAA